GGGCGAGGGAAGCGGCGAUGGCGACCUGGCGGGUGCCGGGCCGGAGGGAGCGGGCGGCUGAGGGGCCGCGGGGGUGUCUGCGAGAGGCCCCCGGCGUCUGAGGUGCCCUAGAUGUUGGUCGCUUUCUGGCCUCACUCAAGCACAGUUAGAGGAAUUGUUUCUGGCUCUGGCUGUAGUUGGGAUAUCCCUAUUAAGACUUGGCCAUGGAAGCAGAAAAUGAAGUGGAGAGCAGCAGCGAUGCUGCCCCUCGGCUGGGGCAGCAAGAGGAGCCCUCUGAGAGCGGCCUGGGCAUGGAGACCUCAGAGACCAUGUCUGCAGACAGCAGCGAUGCUGCCUCGGUGCCCGUCACCCUCUCAGAGGCAGAUGAAUCCGGGGUCGGCCAGAGCUCGGACAGUGGAGAGAUCUCUUUGGCCGAAGUACCAGAGAGCAGCUCCAGCACGGACGCCUUGCCCAGGGCCUACCUGCCGGACUCCUCCUCCAUUGCGCAGUCCACCCUGGUGUCCAGCGUCUCCACCGUCAGCCAGUCCGUCCUGGUCUCACAGUCUCCCCAGGGCCUCGUUCACUCCAGCGUCCUCGCGGAAGGAGCUCCCGUCGUCUCCAACUCCACGGCCUCCACCUCCUCGGAUCUGAGUGCCGCCAUUGACAAGAUCAUAGAGUCCACCAUUGGGCCAGACAUCAUUCAGCGGUGCAUUGCUGUGACAAGUGAGGAAGAUGGUGGGGCCCAAACCACCCAGUACCUCAUCCUGCAGGGACCAGAUGAUGGGGCCCCCGUGAUAUCCCACAUGGCCAGCUCUGCCCUGGCCCGCAGCUUGGCCGUGGAAGCCCUUGCGGACGGCCCCACCUCGACGUGCGUGGAGCACCCCGGGCCCCUGGAGCUGCUGGAGCAGCCGGAGCCGCUGGACCAGUCGGAGGAGCCCGACCUGGAGAGCCUGGAGGAGCUGAUGGAGGUGGUCGUGGUGCAGCAGUUCAAAUGCAAGAUGUGUCAGCACAAGAGCGCCUCAAAGAGGGUCCUCAUCCAGCACAUGAGGGAGCGCCACUUCCAGCCAGCGUCAGCCCCCGGUGUGAAGAAAGGGCGCCCCCGGAAGGGGGCUCCUGUGCCCAAGGCCCCAGAAAAGAGGAAGGCAGAAGAAGCAGAGGAGGAGGAGGAAGACGACAUUGUGGACGCAGGGGCUAUCGAUGACCCUGAAGGGGACAGCGAUUACAACCCAGCGGAGGACGAGCCCCGAGGGCGCCUGCCCAAGACCAGCAGCCGCCCUGUGCCCACGUCCAGCGAGGAGCGGCUGCGCCGGCGGCCGGGACGGCCCCGCAAGUUCCCCUGCCUGGAGGUGGUCCCUCAGCCAGAGGGUGGUGACGCAGAGCCCGUGGUCUCAUCCCAGAGCCUCCCCCAGGGCGACCCCCAAGGCCCCGAGGCGGCCAGCUCCUCGGACCAAGUGCCCGUUGGGGGCGAAGGCCACGGGGAGCAGGCCGUGAGCCAGUCCGACUCCGAAAACAGGGACCCCUCCUCCCGCGAGAAGCUGGAAGCGCUCCCCCGCCGGCGCGGCCGGCCCUCCCACCGCUUCCUGGGCAAGAAAUACCGCAAGUACAUCGGGCGAAGGUACUGCUACAAGUCGGCCAAGCCUUUGAUGCGUCCCUACCUGUGCCGGAUCUGCGGCUCCCGCUUCCUGACGCCUGAGGACCUGCGCUUCCAUGUGAACUCGCACGAGGCCGGAGACCCCCAGCUCUUCCGCUGCCUGCAGUGCAGCUACCGCUCUCGGCGCUGGUCGUCCCUCAAGGAGCACAUGUUCAACCACGUGGGGAGCAAGCCCUACAAGUGCGAGGAGUGCGACUACACCAGCGUCUACAGGAAGGACGUCAUCCGCCACUCGGCCGUCCACAACCGCGACAAGAAGAAGCGAGCUGAUCCGCCCCCCAAGCGCAGUUCCUUCCCCUGCCCCGUCUGCAGCCGCGUCUACCCCAUGCAGAAGAGGCUCACCCAGCACAUGAAGACGCACAGCACCGAGAAGCCCCACAUGUGUGACAAGUGUGGGAAGUCCUUCAAGAAGCGCUACACCUUCAAAAUGCACCUGCUGACCCACAUCCAGCCUGUGGCCAACUGCCGGUUCAAGUGCGAGUUCUGCGACCACGUCUGCGAGGACAAGAAGCUGCUCCUCAAGCACCAGCUGCUGCACAUCCACGACAAGCCCUACCGCUGCAGCCUCUGCCCCUACGCCACCAUCCGGGAGGACUUCCUCCUCUCCCACAUGGCCGUCAAGCACACAGGCGGGAAGCCCUUUGCCUGCGAGUUCUGCCACUUCACCACAAAGCACAAGAAGAACCUGCGCCUCCACAUCCAGUGCCGCCACGCGGAGAACUUCGAGGAGUGGGUGCAGCGGCACCCGGAGGAGCCCCCCUGCCGCCGCCGCCCCUUCUUCACCCUCCAGCAGAUUGAGGAGCUGAAGCAGCAGCACAGCCAGGGCCAGGCGGCCGCGGAGACAGCGCCUGCCAGCUCCCCCGUCACCUACCAACCUGCCCAAACCCCGCCUGCUCCAGAGCCCCCCAUCCUGACGCAGGAGCCGCUGGAGGCAGCCACCAUCAUCUACGAGCCAGACGUAGAAGGCUCUGCUGAGCUGGCCACACAGACGGCGCUGGACCUCUUGCUGAACAUGAGCAGCCAGCGGGAACUGCCUGCCAGCAGCACCCUGGAGGUGGCCGUGGUGAAGGCCGACGGCUUCUCCAAGGCCUCCGAGCCCCAGGGGCAGUCGGAGGAGGAGGAGGAGGCCCAGACCAAGGUGCUGAGGCUGCACGUCACAGAGGAGGCAGCCCUGGAGGGCACCGAGAUCCAGCAAGUCACCAUCCCCUUCAGCAGCACCACGGAGUACAGCAUCAUUGCCCGAGCGAGGAGGAGGCCACCAGCACGCUCUACGGGUGAGAGCAGAGAAGCCGGCCGCCUCCAGGCAGAAGGGCUCUGGCCGCAGGGAGACGAUAGCGAGAGGGAGGGGGAGAGUGCCAGCGAAGUCGUCCAGGCGGUGGUCAGAAGCUGCACCCUGAAGGAUGCCACAACUCCCAGCAGCACGCCAGAGAGCCAGCAGCACACCGUGGAGAUGAGUGGGGAGCGGCCAGAGGCCCAGUGCAGCGUCCCGUGGCCUCUGGUCCAGUGCCUGGCCUGGCCGGCCCACAAGGCCGUUUCGCUGGCCCCCGCCGACCAGGAACCGGCCCCCGGCAAGGGCAGGCCUCCCACCAGGCAGGGGGCGCCCAAGCAGGCCUCCGGCAACGAGGCUUCCCCCAAGAAGCUGCCGGCAGCCCCGGCGGGCAAGGUGCCCUCGGCCAAGAAGUUCUCCUGCAAGAUCUGCAUGGCGACCUUUGCGGGCCGAGCGGAGAUGGAGAGCCACAAGCGUGCCCACGUCGGACCCAGCACCUUCAAGUGCCCCGACUGCCCCUUCACGGCAGCUCUGUGGCCCGACGUCCGGACCCACAUGGAGCAGCACGCCAGCCUCCGGCCCCACAAGUGCCAGCACUGCAGCUUUGCCUCUAAGAACAAGAAGGACCUGCGGCGCCACACCCUGACGCACACCAACGAGAAGCCCUUCGCUUGCCACGUCUGCGGGCAGAGGUUCAACCGCAACGGGCACCUGAAAUUCCACAUGCAGAGGCUGCACAGCGCAGAAGGAGGGAAGCAGGCGCCUGAGCUGGCCCCCAGCGCCUCCCAGACCAUCAUCCUGAACAGCGACGACGAGGCCCUGGCCACGCUGCAGACGACCCUGCAGUCCGGCCAGGCUGUCCUGGCUCCGGAGAGGCUCCAGCAGGCCCUGGGGCAGGAGCGCAUUCUCAUGACGCAGGAGCAGAGCGUCCCCGGCCAGGAGGAUGCUGCCUACAUCCAGGAGAUCGUGACGACGGCAGACGGGCAGAUGGUGCAGCACUUGGUGACGGCAGAGAACCAGGUCCAGUACAUCAUCACCCAGGAUGGCGUUCAGCACCUCCUGCCCCAGGAGUACGUGGUUCUGCCCGGGACGCAUCAUAUCCAGGUGCAGGACGGCCAGAUCACCCACAUCCAGUACGAGCAAAGCGGUCAGUUCAUGCAGGAGCCCCAGAUCCAGUAUGUCCCCGUGUCGCCAGGACAGCAGCUCCUCACGCAAGCUCAGCUGGAGGCCGCGGCCCAUUCUGCAGUGACAGCGGUGGCUGAUGCCGCCAUGGCCCAAGCGCAGGGCCCCUUCAGCACAGACUGCGCGGCGGACCAGAUCCACGAGCUCCAGCCGGGGGUUCACUAUGACAUCAUCACGCUGGGAGACUAGCAAGGGGGACCUCGUCCUUCCCCUACCCCCCCCCCCCGCCAAGCAUGGACCUCUGCUUCCUCUUGGCUCUGCGGGGGAUGAGAGGGGGCCUGGCUGCGUUGGCGAGCAGGAUCAGCACCCUGUCUGGAUUGUGCCUUCGCGCCACGACCAGGAACGCUCAGUGUGCCCUUGCCUCUCGGAAGGAGCUGCUCCCUGGGGCCUGGCAGGCCCAGCUGCCCCCACCUGCCUGCCUGCCAGUGGCUGAACUUGAAGCUGUGGGUGCUUGAGCCCCAACUGUAGGCCUGGGGGGGCUGGGGGCGCCUUCCCCCGUGGUGUGGGGUGUUGCUUUGCUGGCCUUGACAGCGCCUCCCAAUAAAGGCACAGGACUGCCUGGAAGCGAGA